GGCCGUCCUAUCUCAACGCUGCAAUGAUAACGCCGUGCGCACGAGUGAUGGCGGUGGCCACUUUCGCAACGACGCGAUGCGGUUCCUUCCUCUAUGGUGGCGCACGAUUCGCUCGAACGGGUGCCAAGCAGUUUGCCGCGCUGCAUUCAAGCGCGCAAGUUGAACAGACGACGAAAGAUCAUGAGUCACUCUCCCGGAGUAACGCUGACGAUGCCUCUCUGGACAGCGUGCUGAUCUCGACGAACCCAGAUCUUGUGGUGGACCAUAUGAAAGCUAGGCGGAUGGGUGAAGAUAGCGUGGAAGCUGUACAUAGGAUAGGAGACCUCAUGGACAAUCGACGCGAGCUCAUCAUGACCAAGGAGGAUGCUCUCAAACAGCGGAACGCAAUGUCAGCUCAGAUCGGCAAGCUGAUGAAGGCAGGACAGGCCAAAGAGGCCGAGGAAAAGAAGAACGAAGUACAGAGUAUCAACAAGAUCGCUGGCUCUGCCGAAGAAGAUUUGAACGAGGUGGACAGCGAGUUGAACACGUUAUUGAUGCGCCUGCCAAACCUGCUGGACUCACGGGUGCCAGACGGUGACGGGGAGGAGGAGAACGUUGUUGUGGCUGAAUGGGGGCAGGAAUACAUCAAGAACGGGGAGGAAUAUCUUUGGCACGACGAAGUGGCGAUAAAAUUAGGAGGGUGGGAUCCUGAGGGAGCGGCGAGGAUAUCUGGUGCGAGGUUUUCUGUUUUGAAAGGCCCGCUCGCGCGUUUGGAGCGUGCUCUGGGUCAGUGGCUGCUUGAUGUUCACACGACGGAGCAUGGAUACACAGAGGUGUCUCUCCCGCUACUGGUGACACGGAGCUCAUUGGAAGGAACGGGACAGCUGCCAAAGUUUGAAGAAGAUCUCUUCAAAACCAACCAUCUGGUGGCGAAUGAGGAUAGCUUCUUGAUUCCAACCGGCGAAGUUCCUUUGACCAAUCUUCUCCGAGGCCAGCUUCUCGACAAAGCUCAGCUGCCGAUGUCUUUGGUGGCUCUUACACCUUGCUUUCGAGCGGAGGCGGGAUCAGCAGGACGGGAUACCCGCGGGCUACUUCGCCAGCAUCAGUUUUUGAAGGUGGAGUUGGUGAAGUUCACAACGCCUGAAGAUAGUCGCAACGAGCACGAGGCACUGACGCAGCACGCAGAGGCCGUUUUGAAGGCGCUCAAGCUACCUUUUCGAAGAGUAUCGUUGUGCAGCGGUGACAUCGGGUUCGGUGCACGUCUGUGUUACGACUUGGAAGUUUGGAUGCCCGGACAAGGCGCCUUCAGGGAAAUCUCGUCGUGCAGUAAUUGCCAAGACUUCCAGGCGCGUCGCAUGAAUCUACGCUACCGAGAACCGACGCCAGAAGCCAAGAAAAAGAAGUCACGCAACUUGCCGUGCCACACCAUCAACGGAUCAGGAGUUGCUGUUGGCCGUGCGCUUGUGGCCGUGCUGGAGAACUACUACAACCCAAUCGAUGGGUCUGUCAGUAUUCCGGAUGUUCUUCGGCCUUACAUGGGAGGCGCUGAAAAACUGGAAUCUGUGCCUCAAUAA